CUGCAAGCAUCGACUGGAAACUGCCGGCCCAGAAAGUCAAAGCAGACAGACCACCAUUGGGUAACUUACGAAGGGAUAACAACGCCGCCUGAUUCUCUCGUGAACACCUCACAAUCAGCAAUCCGCCGUACCGGCCGUCGACCCAACGACCUUCUCAUCUCACAUCCGCACCGCCGAAACGGGCUCUCCGGCGAAAAAUGCCAUACUACGAAAAGGCCGAAGACUGGCUGCACCAGUCCGCCCUUCUCCUCCAAGCCCGUCCCUCAACCACACGCGUAACAACACGCUACCACCUCAAACCUGCUCGCCGCAUCCCCAAGUCCAAGAAACAACAACAAGAUGCCUCCCAAACAACAAUAGAACAACAAUCAAAACCACAACAACAAGAUCAAAACAAGGAAAAGCCCCCGCGGGGCCACCUCGUCCUCAAAACAUUCGACCCCCACAGCGGCAUCACACUGAAGUACAAGACCUCCAAGGCGGCCGAGGUGGGGAGGCUGGUCCAGAUGCUGGGUUCUUUGGGCAAGGGCAUGGCUGGUUUGAAGAUGUCCCAGGCUCAGCAGCGGCGGCAGCAGCAGCAGGAGGAGGAGGACGUUGUCAUGGGUGAUGUUUCGGGUGGUGCGGGCGCAGGUGGUGGUGGUGGUGUGCUGACUUCUCAGGGAGGGGAAGGGAGCGGGAUGCAGACGCCUCAUGCUGUUGAAAAGCAGCUGCCGCAGGGGUCGUCGGUUCAGCAUGGUGGUGGUGGUGGUGGGGGGGGGAAGGGGAAGAAGAAGAAGGGGAAGAGGUGA